AUGUCUUCGGAAUCGCGGCUUUACACCUUUUCUCAGGAGACCAAGGAUCACCUGCGCAAGUUCCGCCUCGGGACCUCGCGGUCCAACGAACCUCAAGCUGUCAUAUACCAUAUCGAUAAGAACACCCACGAGAUCCGCCAAGACGACGACAAGGUUGUGUACAAGUCGCUCGAGGAGAUCAGCGACGACCUACCGGAUCACAGCCCGCGCUUCGUGCUACUGAGCUACCCACUCACAUUGCCCUCCGGCCGCCUAUCGGUGCCGUACGUUCUGAUUUACUACCUCCCCAUCACCUGCAACAACGAGAUCCGCAUGCUGUACGCGGGCGCCAAGGAGCUGAUGCGGAAUACGAGCGAGGUUGGCCGCGUAAUCGACAUCCAGGAAGCCGAGGACCUGCAGGAAAUACCGCAGAAGCUGGGUGCUGCGUGA